UUCAGUCACACGCACCAUGAAGAACUUUACCUUGAUAACAGCUUUAAGUCUCUGCAGCUUCAUUUCAGGCUUGAUGUCUGUCUCAGUGUCAGAGUUUCAGACUGUGGAGGUCCAGGCUGGUGAAGAAGUCACACUGCAGUCUGCCAACAUGUCCAAUUAUGAUUCUGUGAUUUUCUGGUUCAGACUGGUGAACAGAUCCAAGGCCAGCUGCAUCUCUGUCAUGAUCAACUCUGGUCAAAAUGUGUCAUACUAUGAGGGAUUUGAAAAUGGAGAAUUUGAAAUGAGAACCAACAUCACCACUGUCUCUCUCAAAAUCCAAAAAGUGAAUUCAUCUGACUCUGGAAUAUAUCUCUGUGGAUUUUACCAAAGUGGGCGUCCUCAGUUCAGUGUGAUACAUUUAAAUGUUAAAGGCAGCGGUGAACCAAAUGAUGACGGGGACAACAAGUGUAAAAUGUCAGAGUGUCAGACUGUGGAGGUCCAGGCUGGUGGAGAAGUCACACUGCAGUCUGCCAACAUGUCCCAAUAUGAUUCUACAACAUUCUGGUUCAGACUGGUGAACACAUCCAAGGCCAGCUGCAUCUCUGUCAUGUCCGACUCUGGUAAAGCAGCUUCAUACUGUGAGGGAAUUCCAAAUGGAAGAUUUGAAAUGAGAACCAACAUCACCACUCUCUCUCUCAAAAUCCAAAGAGUGGAUUUAUCUGACUCUGGAAUAUAUUUCUGUGGAUUUUACGAAAGUGGGCAUCUUCAGUUCAGUGUGAUACAUUUAAAUGUUAAAGGCAGAUGUGGGCCAAAUGAUGACGGGGACAACAAGUGUCAAACGUCUGACGGAAUGACAAAUCUGUCGACUGUGAUCCUGGCCGGUCUGACUGUUUUCCUUGUAAUGGUCAUCAUCGGUCUGGUUGUCAGGAACAGGAAGCUUCAGACAGCUAAUGAAGAAGAACAGAAUCCAGAGCAGAGAGAGAACCCGGGCUCUGAUGACCUGAGCUACGCAGCAGUGACUUUUCAACCAAACGCAAGAAGAAGAGCGCCGGAGCCAAAUGUGAUUUAUGCUGCUACCAGAUAAGACUCAGGAGGAGCUGGAACUGAUGCUGUAUCACAUUAACAUGCUUCAGAGCUUUUGUAUGGCUUGUUGGUGAGAGGAAUAACAACUCUCGCCAAAAUAUUUGAUUUUGCAAUAAAGAGCUGGUGUUCAUCCAUUUGCAGAAGCAUCUCUUUAUAUGUUUGGUGUUACGAUGUCAUGUUACGACAAUACCAAAACUAAAUUAAAGUUCCUUGUAAUAACUAAGUAAAUUAAUCUGGAGUUUUGCCUACAUC